CUAGACCAAACUAGACUUUCAUGUGCAAAAAGAAUAUAAUUAUUGUAAUCGAUUGUAAUAUUUUUCCUGUGUAAAAAAAGGUGAAUAACAGUUUUACAAGAAAACACGUGGAUAACCUCGAACACAUGUGCAUUUGUCGUAUGUUGAUUUAAAGUAGCAGUCAGUACAUUAAAUUUGAGUAAUUUAUAAAAAAGUUACAUUAAUGAUAAUUGUCAUUUAAAAAAAUAACAAUGGCACGAAUUAAAACAAAACUACGGAGUAAAAAAGGUGCAACAAGAUGGCCAAAAGGUCAGAGCUCAAGCUCAAAUCCUCAAAAAACUAGUUACAGAGAUAAAGCCUUGAAAUCACGUUAUAUUCAGCCUGAAACAACAGGCCCCAAGUCAUCUGGUAUUUUAACUGUUGAUGCUCUUAAAACUCAUGAAAUUUUAUGUGGUAAUGAGCCAGCUAAUGAUUUUCAUGAUAACACUGAAUCAAUUGACAUUGAUGAAGAAGAACAAAUGUCUGCAAAAACAUUUAAAACUUUUGCUUCUCAAUAUUCAAAAUGUUCAAAUAUAACAUUUGAUCAUUUUUUAAAAUCUUAUGAGGAAAAAAAUAAAAUUCAUGUUGAAAUGUUGGCUAUUGUUUCAACUGUUACUGAUAUGAUUAAAGAAAAAAAUGGUACUGAAUCAACAGUUGAAUAUUAUGCUGGUAUUAUGACAGCAUUAGAAGAAACAACAACAAAAACUGAAAGAACAAUAGCAUGUUUAGCAUUAUUACAAAUGGUUUUAAAAAAUAUAUCAAGAUCAUUAAUAAAAUUUGAAUUUAGUAGAAUUAGUAAAAUUGUAUUUGAAAUAUUUGAAAAAUAUGCAGCAACUGAAGAAUAUCAAAUACAACGUUAUUGUAUUGGUUGUUUAUCAACAUUACUUAAAAAUAUAGAUUCAAUAACAUGGAAAGAUUCAGUAACCAAUAAUUUAUUAUAUGGAAUAUUGGUAUUUGUUGUACAUACAAAACCAAAAGUACGUAAAUCAGCACAAGAUGCAAUUUGUCGUAUAUUAAAAAAUUCUGAAUUAAUGAAAGUUGAUGAACCACCAGUUAAUCAUCCAGCAGCAUUAAAUAUUGCAAAAUAUUGUCAUUCAAAACUUGAAAAUGCAAAUAAACCAGGACACAUAACAGAAGCAUGGCAUGUAUUGAAUUUAUUAAAAAAUAUAUUAAAUCAAUUUCCAAUGAAUUAUGUUAAAUUAAUAUGUGAAGAUUUAUUAAAAAUAAUGUCAUUAGGAUUAAAAACAGAAUUAACAUGUGAUAUACUUAAUAUAUUUUGUAUAUUAUUUACAUCACAACCAAGUGAAACAAUAUUAUCAGCAAAAUUAAAUGCUCAAAUAAUAAAUGCAUUAUAUGAUUAUCAACCAUCAAGAAAUGAUAUUAAAUCAACACCAGCAUGGUUAUCAGUUAUGCAAGAAGCAUAUUUUAAUCUUGUAUCAAAAGACAUUGAUCUUUGUGCUAUUAAUUUACCAACAAUUAUUGAUAGAGCAACUGAUUUAUGGUUAUCUGAUAAUGAUGCUGUUAUUAAAGCAACAUCACAUACAAUUAAAUCAUUGAUACAAGUUUGUAUGGCUUCAAUGUGUGUUGAUAAAGAAACAGCAAUUAAAUAUAAAUUACCAUUAAAUAAAAUUAUAAGAAAAAUACGUGAAGGAUUAAAAUAUCAAUAUAGUCCAGCUUGGUAUUAUGUUAUUUUAAUAAUACAAGAACUUUAUCUUGUUACAAAAGAUACAUGUGUCAAUGAAAUGUCACAAAUACUUAUUGAACUUGCUGAUUUACGUGAUACACAUAAAUUUACAUAUAAUGCUGCUGUUGAAAAUGCUGUUGGUGCUGCAGUAAGAUCACUUGGUCCAAGUAUUGUACUAACACAAAUACCAUUACAAAAAUCAGAAAAUGAAUUUGAUCUUAGACGUUCAUGGUUAUUACCUGUAUUAAAACAAAAUAUACGUGAAUCAACACUUGAUUAUUUUAAAAACACCAUGUUACCAUUAGCAAUAAUGUGUCAAAAUGUAUCAAAAGAAUUAUUAGCAAAACAAGAUGGCAUUGGUUCACAUAGUUAUGGAUUAUUGUAUUAUCAAAUUUGGUCAUUAUUACCAUCAUUUUGUAAUGAUCCAACUGAUAUUAAAAUUAAUUUUAAAUCAAUUGCACAAAGAUUAGGUAAAGCAUUGGAAAAUGAAACAGAAUUACGAAUGUCUAUUAUGGCAUCAAUUCGUAAAUUAAUAAUAAAAUCAACUGAAAAUAAUGCAACUGAUGAUAUUAAUGAAUUAUCAAGAUUUGCUAAAAACUUUUUACCAUUAUUAUUUAAUAUAUAUACAAUUAAACCAUCUGGUUCUGAUGAUGAAGGACAACGACGUGCUGCAUUUGAAACAAUUACAGUAUACUUAACAAUAGCACCAAAACAACUUGUUGUUGAAUUAUUUGAUAAAAUAAUUGAAAAAAUUGAUAAUAAAGAAACUGAUGAUUAUACAAUACAUUCAUUGUAUGAUUUAUUAAAAAUAAUAAUUCAAUAUAUUGAUGAAAAUAAACUUGAAUAUAUUUAUAAUAAAUUUAUACCAAUAAUAAAUCAACGUUCACGUGCAAAAUUACAAAAAAAAAUAUACAGAAUAAUGGAAGUUAUUUGUAGUAGUAAAUCAGAAAUUUGUCAAAAUUUCGUUAAUAGUAAUCGUGAUAAAAUUGAAAGUAAUUUAAAUGAUGCAUCAAUGAGAAUAGCAACAAUAGCUAAAGGUGCAAGAUUACGUUGUAUUUAUAAUCUCAUUGAUAAUCAUCCAGAUUUACAAAAAUCUAAAUUUUUAGAAACAAUUAUACGUGAAAUUGUUAAUUGUAUUAAAGAUGUUAAUCUUAAAUGUCGUACAACUGCAUUUGAGUUAUUAGAUAUUCUUGUUAAGAAAUUUUUGGAUAAUUAUGAUUUAUUAAAUGAAUUUAUUGAUUUAAUCAUUGCUAAACUUGAUGAUGGUAAUUAUGUAUCAGCCGCAUUAUUAGGUUUAUCAUCAAUUGUUUUUAAUCAUAAUGGUAUCAUUGGACUUGAAAAAAUUAAAAAUAUAUUAAUAAAAUCAUGUAAUUCAUUGAUAACAGAUAAACGUGAUACUGUAUUAUCAGCGUUGAGUUUUAUCAAAGUUUAUAUAACAUCAAUGCCAGAACUAAUUGUUGGUCCAACAGUUAAAACAAUUAUUGAUCAUUUUUGUAUGAUGAAUGAUGAUUGUAAAAAACAUUUUCGUCAAAAAAUUAAAAAUUUAUUGGUUAAACUAACUAGAAAAUUUGGUUUUGAUGCAAUUACAAGUAUGGUGCCUGAAUCAAAAAUAAUAUUACACAAACAAUUGAAAAAUAUUAGAAAAGAAGAAGCUAGAAAACAAAAAGCAAGAGAUGAACAAAAAUCAAAAAUGGAUCAAGAUACUGAUGAUGAUGAUGAUCUUGAAUUAGCAUCUAAAAAAGGAGCAGUAGAUAUGAAAAUGAUACUGGAAGAUAGUGAUGAUGAAAUGGAUAUUAUUGAUGAAAAUGAAAAUGAUAAAAAUGAUAAUAAAAAAACAAAUCAAAAGAAGAAUAAUAAAAAAUCAUGGAUACAAGAAAAAGGUGAUGAUAUUGUUGAUCUUGCUGAUCCAGAAGUAUUUAAAAAUAUAACUAGAACAAAACCUGUUACAAAUCAACCAAAUGAUAAAAAAAAAAUUAAAAAUCAUGGAUUCAAAACAGCUGAUGAUGGACGUUUUAUUAUUAAAGAUGAUGAUGACGAUAGUGAUGAUGAUAAUACAUCAAAUAAAAAAAAUAAAUUACCAUUCUUAGGAAGUGAUUCUGAUGAUGAUCAGAAAGAUGAUAAUGAUAAUAAGAAAGAUGAUGAUGAUGAGGAUGAUGGUAAUGAUAAUAAAAGUAUUUUUUCAACAAAACCAGGUAAAAGAAAGAGACAAGAUGAUGCUAGUAGUGUUGCAACAUCAAAAUAUAAAUCUGGUGGUUCUGGUAUCCAUAGACAAACUAAAAUACCAAAAACUCAAGCAAAACCUGGUUCAGAAUAUAAAUCUAAAAAAGCACCUGGUGAUGUUAAGAAAAAAGGAAAACAUGAUCCAUAUGCAUAUGUUCCAUUAUCAAGAGCUUCUUUAAAUAAAAGGAGAAAAGUAAAAGCUGCUGGUCGUUUUAAACAUAUGAUAUCUGGUGGUAAACGUGACGGAAAGAAAAAUAAUUAAAAUGAUUAAAAAAAAAAAUCAACUAACAAAUUUUUUUUAUUAAAUAAUUAAAUUUUGUAAUUAUAAUUUAAAUAAUUAUUCAUAUUAUGUUGUGCUACACGUAUGACUGGAUAAAAUUUAAUUGGAGAUCUGGUUACACGUCGAAAUAAAUUACGAUGAAAUUAGUGGUAAUUUUCUAUUGUUUAGAUGAGAAGAUUAUUAUUGUAAGAUGAUUUAUUUUAUCUGGAUUUUUGUUUGAAUUUUUCUCGGUAUGCAUAAAUUAAUAAAGAUAAAAAACACAAAA